CCCCGGCUCGGCGCGCUCGCUGGCCGGCUCACUCCCUCCCUCCCCGGGCCGGGGCCGCGGGUUCGGUCCCGCCGCCGGUGCGCUCCGGAUCGUCCUCGCGCCCGCCCGGGACGCCGGGUCCUCGCACAAGAUGAGGCUGGCUCUGCUCCUGCCUUGGGCAUGCUGCUGCCUCUGCGGGUCGGCGCUGGCCACCGGCUUCCUCUAUCCCUUCCCGGCCGCGGCCCUCCCGCAGCACGGCUACCCCGAGCCCGGCGCCGGCUCCCCGGGCAGCGGCUACGCGGGCCGCCGGCACUGGUGUCAUCACACGGUGACGCGGACGGUGUCCUGCCAGGUGCAGAAUGGCUCGGAGACCGUGGUCCAGCGCGUGUACCAGAGCUGCCGGUGGCCCGGGCCCUGUGCCAACCUCGUGAGGACUCUCAUCAGACCCACAUACAGGGUGUCCUACCGCACGGUGACGGCGCUGGAGUGGAGAUGCUGCCCUGGCUUCACCGGGAGCAACUGUGACGAGGAAUGCAUGAACUGCUCCCGGCUCACGGACAUGAGCGAGCGGCUGACCACGCUGGAGGCCAAGGUCCUCCUGCUGGAAGCAGCCGAGCAGCCCUCGGGCCCCGACAACGACCUGCCAGCGCCCCAGAGCACACCGCCGCCCUGGAACGAAGACUUCCUCCCCGACGCCAUCCCCCUGGCCCACCCGGGGCCCCGGAGGAAGAGGCCCACGGGUCCAGCUGGGCCCCCGGGGCAGGCGGGACCACCAGGACCUGCAGGGCCACCGGGCUCCAAAGGGGACCGGGGCCAGACGGGAGAGAAGGGCCCAGUGGGGCCGCCGGGGCUCCUGGGGCCACCGGGGCCCCGCGGGCUCCCUGGAGAGAUGGGGCGCCCCGGCCCUCCGGGGCCCCCCGGCCCAGCAGGCAGCCCGGGCCUCUCACCAAAUGACCCCCAAGGUGUCCUCUACUCCCUGCAGCCGCCCACGGACAAGGACAAUGGGGACUCCCAGCUGGGACCUGCCGUCGUGGACACGGUGCUGGCGGGCAUCCCCGGGCCUCGGGGUCCUCCUGGCCCCCCAGGUCCCCCAGGACCACACGGUCCCCCAGGACCUCCAGGAGCCCCCGGAUCCCAGAGUGAGGCUGGUGUGACCUCGGAGGACAGGGACAAAACCGCCACCACGGAGCAGGGCGAGGGGGUGCAGCAGCUGCGAGAGGCGCUGAAGAUCCUGGCGGAGAGAGUCCUCAUCCUGGAGCACAUGAUUGGCAUCCACGAUCCUCAGGCCUCCCCUGAGGGGGGCUCUGGCCAGGAUGCUGCCCUGAGAGCCAACCUGAAGAUGAAGCGGGGUGGCCCCCAACCUGAUGGUGCCCUGGCUGCCCUGCUGGGUCCUGAGCCCGCACAGAAGAGCGCCGGCCAGGCCAGCAGCAGGAAGUGAGGGCCGGAUCUCCAGGGUGAGCCCAGACCUGGCAAAAGACCCUGCCUGGGCAGUACUGCCACUGGACCUGGAGGAGGCCCAUUUGGGACACAGCUUCAGCCUGGACAAUUGUGAAGGACACUAGCUCCUGGGCUUGGGGGGUUUUAGGGGCAGAUGGAUGGCCCCACCUCCAGGCCAGGCUCCAAGGGGACUGGCACCCUUGGCAGAGCCCUUUCCUUGCCCUGUCCACCCCUACUCUAGUCCCUGCUGGAGACGGGGUCUGGGUGGGCUGGGUGUCGGCUGAGAAUAACCAUAAUCCUCGUCAUUUAGAGUCCUCGUGGCAUCUGGGCCCAUCCAGGGAGCAUUCCUUAUGCUGUCUCAUUUAACCUGUAGGAGGUAGGCUUGUUAUCCCCACUUGAUGCGGGGACUGGGGCUCAGAGAGCAUAAAUAAUCCACCAGAUUAUUUGGUGCCCAGGAUCACAGGGGCCGGGGCAGGAUUUGAACCCUGGCCUCUUGGGUCCCGGUGUCCUGUGCCCUGGACACCACCAGUUUCUUCCCUUUCAUGAGGAAGCAGACAAGAGGGUGUAGGCGGUGCCAGAGGAUGUGGGAUCGACCUGGCGUGGAGCUCACAGGGCCCCGGGUCUCCCUUCACCCCCUGCGGGACAGGGCUUCUCUGGCUGCAGAGGGGCAGGGGGCUGGCCUGAGGCUGCUCUCUGAGGCCAGGGAGACCUGAGUACACCCCUGACUGUCACAUGGACUUGGGGACCAUGAGGUGGCAAUGUGAAGGCCUCUGGACCUGACUGGCAUUGCCCGCUUCUCCCUCCCAGUCCCUCUGAGCCCACCCACACCCCUACCAAGCCCCUCCACCCACCAAGGCAGGAGGGCACAUUCAGCAGGGCUGCCCAUCGGUGGGGGGCACAAAGCCCCACUCUGCCCUGUCUCUAUUUGAGAUCUCUAGGGCCCGUCACUUCUGGGGUACAUGGCACACUGGAGAGAGGGCAGCUGCCCGGGGCCCAGGCCUGCUGGGAGACGAUGCCCGCAGCCCUCGCAGCUGGGGUUCUGGGCAGAGGCCGGCAAGGUCCAGGCGGCCCAGAGCAGCUCAGACCACAGCCCUUGAGGCGUCUCAGUCCCCAGAUCUCUGUUACCAAUGUUCCUCUCUCACUGGGCCAGGUCCCAGGACUCAGCAACGACAGAAACUCAGAGACUUGAAGGUGCUGGCACCACCCGGUGGCCAUCUCCACACAUGGCAGGGCUGGCCACCCGGCGCCCUUGGCGCUUGCACAAGUCUGCGGCUGGGUCCCGCUGGGCCCAGAUGCCCCUCCUGAGGCAGGUGUGCUCGUCCUCACGGAGGGGCGCUCGAGACCUGUGACAUUGUUCUUGUAUCUGACAAUAAAGGUGCUCUCC